AUGUGGUCCGCAAUUGAUACCCUCCCGAUACCCACGCAGACAUUGGCGUACUCCCUCGGUUUCGUCGUCGUUAUCGGCAUGGCCGCGUACGUCUCGUCGCACAUGAAAGCGAGCUGGCAGGACAGCUUCACCUGGAUCUGGCUGGCGUGUGGCGCGAUGAAACACUACAUAUUCACCUUGUUGAUCAUGGGCAGCUGGCAGUUGAGCACCACCUUCGGUGACAAGUUCACUGAGCUGUGUGAACGUCUACGGAGCGACAUGCAUGUCAUGUCUUUCUUGAGCUUUCUGUGCUAG